CACUGCUGGCCUGCUGUGAUGCCUUCAGAGUGGGUUCGUCUCAGAGGGUCAUCCCCCUCAGCGCCCCCGGGGCUCGGGUGUUCCAGGAUGAAGGCCCAGCCCAGGCACACUUCAUCCAGGAAUUAGUCAGAACCAAGCGCCACUCAGUGCCAGAGUUAGUGCGGGUCCAGCCUCAUUUGGUUCACGACAUGGGCCGGCCAGAGAUCCACGAAACAUCCCGUUCCAAGGACAAGAUGGAGUCUGAUAACUCCUCUCAGAUAAACCCUCCACCCCCCGCAGGUCAGGAAGCAGUCAGGACCCGCCCUGCUUUGGAGGAAAAUGUUGGUGUAGUAGAUGACAUGGAGCGUAUGGUCCAUCUGGUGGUUCCUCAGGAUGCAGAAGGCUACAGGAGGAGUCCAGACUCCAGCGACCCAGACAAGGAGCUCAUUGAGGGGCCAGGAGCUGCUGAUGCCUCCCUGGAGGCGUCCGGCUUCUUCGGGACAGACAUGGAGGACAGAGACAGAGGAGAGGAAGGAGGAGAGGACCGAGAGAGGAGAGGGGGAGAGGAGGAGUGGGAGAGAUACAAGGGAGAGGACAUAGAGAGAGGAGGGGGAGGAGCCAGAGAAGAGGAAGAGGAGAGGGGAGGAGGAACAGAUGAUCAAGGCCUCCAUGUGUUGGAUGCCAACCACACAACUCCAGAUCUGGAUGCUCUGAUUGGCUACAGUCCAUCCUUCCAGCCCAGCAUCUCCUCCCCAGCUGAGGUGCAUGAUUCUGGGCUACAGGAGCACCGUGCAGCCCCCGUCCUGGAGGUGGAUCCGUUAGAGAGAGAGCUGUGGGAGGCAGAGGGGGAGGAAGGCGGUCAUUCAAGUGGCUACGGAGUCCUUCAGUCCUCCAUCAUUAUGACUACUACUACUUCUACUACUACUACUGCUGCUGCUGGUGGAGACGUUGCAGGAACAUCCACCCCUGAGACGGACACAGGCACAGACUUUGGGCUGUUGGGAAGCUACACAAGAGUCUCUGCAGAGGAGACAGAGGAUGAAGAGACAGAGAGGGAGGAAGAGGAAGAAACGGAGCUUGCACACAAAGGCCUUUUUACCCAGAAUCUAACAGCAGCAGAGGUUGGCAUGGCUCCCAGCAGAGAGCCUUUGCAGCCCAGCGUGGAGGAAGAGAAGGAACACCAGUCACAAGGGGGCAUACUGCCAGACAGAAGCAACGAGAUGAAGGAGGAGGAAUGGAAACAAAUGAAGGAGGAAGAGGAGGGAACAAGAAACAGACACAUGGUCCCGCUCACCACAGACUGGGAUUUACUGGAGAAGACCACUGUCCUGCAGACCCAGAGGUCAGAGAUCAGGGGGGGCAGGGUCACAGAGGUCCACGAUGUGGAUGAGAUGGAGGAAGCACGGCAGGUGGUGUGUUUGGAGUGGAGCGAGCUGGUCGGACGUGGGUACGUCGUCCUCAACAUGACGCAUAACCUAAACUGUGAGGAGUUUCGCGUGGACCAGGGUGUACGGUUGUUGAAGGUCAUGGAGCGCGUGUUCGCUCGGAGAAUGAACAGCCCAGAGGGAUCAUGGUUAAUUUCUCUCAGCAAACCUACACACCAGCAACACCAGCUGCUGAUGAACGUGGCGUCUGACCGCGGAGUGAUAGCCACCAAGGAUGUGCUGGGCAUGCUGGGAGAAAUCAGGAAACAUUUGAAUAAGCUGGGCAUCCAGAACUACAGCUCGGCCAGCAGCUGCCCAUCUCGUCCCAGUCAGACACGCAGCGACUACGGGAAGCUGUUCGUGGUUCUGGUGAUCAUCGGCUCCAUCUGCAUGGUCAUCAUCACAUCUGGAUUCAUUUACAUAUGCUGGCAGAGAAGACUGCCUGCAACCAAGACCACGUUUCGCAAUGAGGAACUUCACUUUGUGGAGAACGGUUGCCACGACAACCCAAUGCUGGACGUAACCAAUGACAACCAGUCUGAGAUGCAGGAGAAGAAGCCGAGCACCAAUGGGCUCGCAGGAGGAGGAGGAGGAACUGGAGGAACUGGGGGAGGAGGAACUGGAGGAGGCGGGGAGGAAAGCAGUCGCUGGCAGGUCUUUGUCAAUCAGGCAGUGACUGAGGAGGAAGGAGAGGAGGAGCAGGACACACAUCUCUGAUGGACGAAGAGGAGGAGGGGACAGGUUAUGAAGGUCUUUGAUAGACAGGUGAUAAAUGGAGCCUACAGGAAAGAAGAAGAAGAAGAAGAUGGCAAAGAAAACAGAGGAGUAAUGAGGAGGAAGAAUGGUGGAGAGGAGAGGAGGAAGAGACAGAAAAGAAAAAAUAGUGAGGAUAGGAGAUAGUCGAUAUAACGAGUGAGUAGAAGAUGUGUUGUCCAGUGAGAGUUAAAGAGGCUCGUAGGAGGUGAGCAGGAGGAGUCACUGACAUAUUCAUGGGUAUUAGGCACCAGGGUUUAUUUCAUGCUUCAAAUUGAAAUGCAUAAAAAGACAUUUAACUUGCUGAUCUCUUUAAAGGUUCUGGGAAAGGUAAGCAUUUCCUAAAGCUGCAUACCCUUACCUGAUGUUAGAUAAUGUCACCAUCUGUUGAUUGUGCCUUAUGCUUUCAGCUUUUUGCACUGCACGAAAAAUAAUCCUGAUACCAGGGACACAAUCAUAGCAGAGAGCACCUUAUCCACCGUAACAUUUGAACGUAAACGAGGCUUCAAAGUCUGAAGCGUCCACAGCUGCAGCGUCAUCAUUGGCUAAAACAUAUUUAGGGAAACUAAAAUAAUUACAUUUCCCACCUGAUGUAGGUUUAAUUCUGAAGAACACGUUGUUGACUUUGAUAACCACUGAUGGAAUGUACCUAAGCGCAUUUCAAAUAUUUGACCUACGUACAAACUUUCAGAUUUUAUUUCACUCCAAUAUAUUUAUCUUAAGGUUAUACUACUUAAUACUGUACAUUUACUGUUAUUAUUUUACAUACAAAAUGUUUGAUGAGCUUAGAACAGUGCAAUAUUACUGAUGAAACUACUCAAAAGUAUUUCAAAUUAUUAAUUAUUGACACAAUCUACAGUCGGAUAUUUUAAUAAAAAAUAAUAAUAAUUUGCUGUGCCGCCGCCAUUUGUAUAUAGGGGAAACACUGACCAAUAUUUUACACAUUUCUUUACUUCAUUUAUUAGAAUUUUACAAUUACUGUUAUUAACGUAUCACUCGUAAUUAUUACUAAUAUUUGACAUUCAAAACAUAUGAUGAGCUCAAAGGGGCCCUGUUAUGCUUUUUAUGUUUUCCCUUUCCUGUCUGGACUCCUUGUUAACUUCAGCAAAAAAGUGACGUCACUAAGUAAUAUUCUCUCCUAUUGGCUAGCGUGCAUGUAAAUGGUCUGCAAAGUCUAACAUCUCUGUGUUCUCUCAUCAUUUUCAAUGUAUACUAUAGGAAAAUAAACCAGCUAAAAUCUCGCCAUGGGCAUCAAAUUGGCUAGAACCGGCCCUGCUAGUAGUUAUUAAAACUUCAGAGAUGUUCAGUAGUUUACCCCUGGUGUCUGAAUCCGGAGAAAACAGCGACUCCUCUUAACUUUUCCAAACAGGAAGUACAAUCUGUAGCGUCAAGUAAGGUUUUGGCACUUUAUCGAUUCCUCUUGGAAAUGGCGACUAUCAUCAUUGAAAUGCUGCAUCAUGUUAAAUGUAUUACAUACAGUGACUGAGAUAUCUCUAUUUUGCUAAUAGGAAUGGUUGUAGCCACUGAGGAUGUUUUCUCUACAAUCAGUCAUGUGAUUGCUAUAAUUACUACCUGUUAGCCUGAUAUGCUUUUUUCAAUAGUGGUGCAAUGGCUGCUGUACGCUACAGGCUUUUCCUCGAGGCGAUGACACAUGGGCAACAUUAAGAGGCAGACAGCAUGAAAAAACUAGUAACAGUGUUGAAGUCGAUUAAUCAAACAAUAAACCCGAGUCGAGCCCCGAGUUGUUGAUGUUUUAAUGUUAAAUGUUGAAGUUUGAGUCUCUAAAACCAUGUUUAACUCACAUUUGAGUCAGCAGCACAAUAAUGUCUGAAUCAAUACAGUCAUGUUUGAGUCACUAUCUAGGCAUGGGACCAUACAGUAUACAGUGUAUAGAUUUCAUUUCAGGAUCAUCCUGUCUAAAAUAAUUGCGAUUCACAAUAUUAUCCCACAUGUAUUGCAUAUAAAUAUGCUUAAUCUCUUAAAAUGUACAAUAAAACUCACGGAAAUCACACACCUUACAUUUUGCAUAUUGCAUCACAGACAGGACAAACAUCCUUUUUAGUGAAACACAAUAAAUUGAUCUGAACUAAUUUACAUUAAUAAAGGAUAAAUUGUUCUAUAAGCAACAUUGUGUGAUUCAGUUUCUUAACAUGAUAAUUCCUGUAUUUUUUAAAACAUGGUCAUGGUCACUCGUGAGGAUAUUUACAAUCAUCCCCAUAAUCAAAAUUGCCCCAAUCGUGUUUUUAUCACGAUCCCCAUAAAAAUUCUAUAUCGUCCCAUCCCUAUAACGGUCACUGCAGACAUGCCUUUAUUUUAUUUAACCAGAAAGGUCUCAAGACCAUACAAAAAUAAAAAUCUCUUCUGGGCAAGACGGCAAAAAAAAGAGCAAACAGACACAAAAUAUGCUUAUAUAUUAUAAGCAACCUUAUUGUUCUUUCAAACAUUUUUAAAGAAUAAAUCACUCUGCUAUAAACGCCCGAAUUUCCCCACGUGGAUGAAUAAAGUUCCAUCUUAUCUUAUGUCAAGAGAGGGUAAGGAGACCAGGUUAAGUAUGCCUUGCAACUUAGUCCAAUCUUGCAGGGCAUGAAAGGCAAACUAAAUCUGAAGGGUGAUAAUGAUGUACAUAUCAAUUACUGUGUCAUACUGACUAAAUGUACUUUGGACUAAUAUUUUUCUAAAUAAAUACAAUAAUGUCUAAUGUUGUGAUCAUGCCCUUGUCACUACAAUUUGAUUGACGAUUAUCUCUAUAAAUCAUCAAAUGUGUGACUUGUAUGGGACUUGAAAAGUUCAGGGCAUAAUAAAGUCUAGUUUCCAAACAGCACAAACCUACAACACUCAUCAAAUGGGCAGAAUACUGUUGAAUUAACUGAAAUGGUUAGCAUCUAUAUUAACUUAAUAUAGAUGCUAUCAAUUAAAAUAAAUGUAACAUUUGUUCCUGCAAUUGUCACUCUCCAUUCCUUUUACAGGUGUUGCCCAUCUACAUUUGGUCAAGAUGUUGCCUGUGUUUCAGCUCUUUUACUCUGACUUUUCUCAUUGUAACAAUACUGUAUAUGGCUUCACUAUAAACUACGCUGAGUGAUACGCACUUUGUCAGCUAAGCGGGAUAUAGGGAGCGUUCAGGAACUCACAAUUGUCCAUUCUGAAUGACUCCCUGCUGCAGAUGAUCUGCUUCUGAGAGAAAAGUGAAGGGAUAUUGUCCUCCACUGGGAAACAUAAUAAAUGAGCAUGUAGCUUUCAGCACUGCAGCGAGCACUAAUAUAACGUACAAAACUGCAACAAGCUGUAACUUUUAUUUGCUGAAAAGCAGUUUGAACCAGAUGAAUUCAAUUGUGUUGCUUAGAGCUAUAUGCAAUCAAUGAUUGUCUGAAUCUUAUUUUUAAAUAAUUGUUGUUUUCAAGACAUAUCUUUCAAAAUGGAGCAACUGUCACAAAGAAACCUAUCCCCCUCGGAUAAAUAAGUAUUCUGAUUUUGAUUCUAAGGAUUUAAAAUAGUUUUCUCAGAUGUUUUUUCCUUUACAGAAUCUGAGAGCAACCUCGUGUUUGUUUGCAUUUGUUAGCAAGUGCAAGUCAGUUGACAUUAAGUUCUGGCAAAGACAAUGACCCUUGAUCUGAAUAAAGACAACAACAUUAGUUUCCUGGUCACUUUUGUAACUAGGUUUUUGUCACACAUUUUGUUGAAUAUUUAAUCAUGCUCUCCAAUUUUUUUAUUUCUGUUAAUUUAUUUUACUAAUGUUUUUCUAUGUAUGUAUGUCACACUCAUUUGGUUGUCUGUGUAAUAAGUUAAAUGUGAGAAAUAAAGUUGGGAGAAAUUGUGA